GUAAAAUCACGUGGAUAUUCCUCCAGUGUUGAUAGCGUGAAUGGUCAUGGCGGGACAGCUGAAGGAGCGUCUGAAGGAUGCUGUAAAGAUCCUGGGGUGUGGCAGCACCUUAUUUUUGGGAUACCUUACCGCGACUGGGGAUGAGCACUUCUAUGCUACUACCCUUAUGCCCACGCUGCAAAGACUUGUGGGAGCAGAAACGGCUCACAUCAUGGCUGUUCGUUUGCUCAGCCUGGGUCUGGUGCCCAGAAGUCGCUAUCAGGAUCCUGCAUCACUAAUAAUGUUUGUGUUAACCCAGGAGGUGAAUGUGAUGGGAAGGAGGUUCAGGAAUCCUGUGGGGAUCGCAGCAGGCUUUGAUAAGCAUGCCGAAGCAGUGGAUGCUCUGUACCGGCUGGGUUUCGGUUUUGUCGAAGUGGGCACAGUCACCCCAAAACCACAGGAGGGAAACCCAAAACCCCGUGUAUUCCGACUCAACGCUGACAAGGCAGUUAUUAACAGAUACGGGUUCAACAGCUGUGGUAUUGUUGCUGUUCAGGAGAGAUUGAAAGACAGACAAGGAGUUCAGUCUGAGCUCACUAAAGCAGGCAAACCGCUCGGCAUCAACCUGGGAAAGAACAAACUCUCGACUAAUUCCGUGGCUGAUUACCUUGAGGGUGUGAGGGCGCUUGGCCCCCUCGCUGACUACCUGGUGGUGAACGUGAGUAGCCCGAACACUCCUGGCCUCAGAGAACUGCAGGGGAAGAAAGAACUGCGCCAUCUACUGGAGCAGGUCCUGAAAGCAAGAGACACUCUACAAGGACCGAAUCAUCCGCCAGUAAUGGUCAAGAUUGCUCCAGACCUCUCCCAGCAGGACAAACAAGACAUUGCAGAGGUCAUCACAGAGCUCGGAGUAGACGGUUUAAUCAUCUCAAACACCACCGUGUCCAGGCCUGAGAGCCUGCAGGACCACAACAGGAACGAGGUGGGAGGUCUGAGCGGGCAGCCACUUAAAGAGCUGUCCACUCGCACAGUACGGGAGAUGUAUACCUUAACGAAAGGGAAGGUGGCCAUAGUCGGUGUAGGUGGAGUGGCUAGCGGACAGGAUGCCCUAGAUAAGAUCCGUGCUGGAGCAUCUCUGGUUCAGCUCUAUACAGCGUUGGUGUAUCAGGGUCCUCCGGUCAUAACCAAGAUCAAACGGGAACUGAACGAGCUCUUAACGAAACAAGGAUUCAGCAGUGUAUCAGAAGCAGUAGGUGCUGAUCACAAGACUUCUCAAGGAUUGACGUCAUCACAGCCAGGAGCAGUGAAUUAGUAUUUAAAACAGCUCACAUGCAACUCACCAGCUCAGACUGGCAGAGUCAGGUUUCCAGUGUCACAUUUUCUUCUUCAUCUGACCUGAUUUGUGGAUUCAGAACACUGACGCAUGACCCGAAGCAGAAACAUUUGAAUGCGAGCCAGUAUAGAACAAAAAACGUUUGACAUGACGUGAUGAACCUAAAGUCAAAUGUCAGCAGUGCGAGUCAAGAUGGAGUGAGAACAGUUUUCUGAAGACCGAAAAAAGACUUUAAAUGAAGAUGGAACAUGGAUCAACUUUUGUAAAGGUUUUCUGAUGAAUAAAUCAUGAUGAAUUAAAUAAUUA